AUGGCCAGCCAUGGGCCGAACACCAUCACCACCAUCGCCAGCCAUUCUUUGUCUCGCAGUCGCUCACUACACUAUUCCCAACAAAUCCUAAAAAAUACCUUAAAUACUGCCUAUUUCCCGGUGUCUAAUUUCUCAGUGGGUACAGGGGAGACCUGCCCCAUCUGGCUUGCUACGGCGCAACAAAAAGAGCCGGGUUGUUCUUUGUUGGAGAAAUGGGCUGUCCCUGUCUUGCCUGACGACCCCAACGGCCGCCUUUUCUCUGUAAAUUAG